AUGAAGCGCUUUGAGGGGCUGGGCAUGAGCCGGGAGCAGGCGGAGGCGCUGACGCAGCACCUGACGGGCGUGCUGUGCGCCAACCGGGAGAAGCUGGAGGAGCUGUUUGUGGCCAAAGUGACGCUGGAGAAGUCCAUUCUGGAGCAGGAUGCACUGCAUGCCGGCUUCCGAUCAGAGGUGCUGAAGAGCCAGGAGCUGCAGGUGGCCACCUUCACGCGGGACACCGAGCGGCUGCAGAUCAACCUGGAGAAGAUCCGGUCCGAGAUACGCUACGAGAUCGACAAGCUGACCGCCAGCCAGCGGCUGGACCUGAACCUGGAGAAGGGGCGCAUGCGGGACGAGCUGCAGAUGCUGCGGGACAAAUCCAACGAGCUGGAGAUCAAGGCGAGGUCCUUUCUUAAUCGGGAGGGUGGGAGGGAAUGUUUGGCUGGGCGCGUGGCGUUGGCGGCGCUGCCGAUGGACAAGGAGGUCAACUCGCUCAAGGCCGCCAUGGAGCAGAGCAAGAACGACACGGUGAAGUACGUGCUGGGGCUGAUGCUGGCGCUCAUGACGGCCGGGCUGGGUGCCGCGCGCCUGCUCAUGCACUGA